AUGGAUGAGGAUUUGAGAACUUUCUUCUCGGACAGAGUGUCUACUAUAGUUGAUCUUCUUAGUUUUCCAGGUGUGUGGAAUUCUCCAUUAUUAUCUGAGCUGUUUCCCGCUCAUAUUGUUCAGGAGAUCCUCUCUAUUCCCCUUUGUCCCUGGAAUCAUGAGGAUAGGUGGAUUUGGGCUAGCGAUAAAAGAGGUCGGUUCACGGUUAAAUCAGCCUAUCAUAUUGCUCGAGAUCGGAUUCUUGAGGAUUUAACCACACCUAACCCAAGUGCUGCCCAAGUGCUGCACUUUGGCGUCAGUUGUGGAAAGCACCAGUCCCAGUCGGGUUUGGCUGCUAGGUCGGUUCCCAAGUGGAAGAAACCUCCAAUGGGCUUCGUAAAACUGAAUGUUGAUGCUGCCUUUGAUCAAGCUUCUGGUCACUCGGGGUUAGGUGGGGUGUUUAGAGAACAUGACGGGGCUUUUCUUCAUGGGUUUCGGCACUCCAUCACAAUGCUGGCUAUUGAGAAUAAUCUUGCUCCAUUGAUUGUGGAGACGGAUUGCUUGGAUCUGGUGUCACCAUUAGCGUCUGCUGCACUAGAUUGGUCGGAACUCGGAUUCUUGCUAGAAGAUUUGCGAGCUUUGUUGCAUAAGGCUUUGGAAGCUCGUGUACUCAAGGUUGGAAGACAGGCUAAUGGUGUGGCUCACGUCUUGGCUCAGGAAGCCAAGAAUGAUGAUUUUUAG